ACCUGCAUCAUCCUCUGUCUAUCUCCUUUUCUCUCUUUCUCUUUGGACGCAAAAAUCUCUUCUCUCUUUUUCGAUAGAGAGAAAGAGGGGGGAGAAGGGGGAGUGUGAAAGAAAGAGAGGAAAGGCGAGAAAAAAAUUGUGAGGAAGAGAAGCUUUAGCUGCGAGACGAGAAGACGAGAACGUAAGCUCGACGAGGAUCGGGAAACGGUGACGAAAGGACAACGCGAGCGACAUCCGAACGAGCGUGGUUAGCAGUUCAGUAGAGUGACAAAAUGGACGCGCGAUUCAGAAGCAAUCUUGACAUGAUCGGACGCAACGAGCCUAUCACAAGGAAGGCGAAAUUUUGGCAGAGUUACGUACGGGCCUUGAAAGGCACCGACGACAUCAGAGCUCCCGAGCACACUCACAGGCCUCGCAGCAUUUUCCGCUCGGAAUUUCCUGAGCUGCAUUCCACCUCGUGGCCGUUUGGAAAGUCAAUCUUCGAAAACCCGAUUCACGCAGCCGACCGUAUUAACGUUCCCGGAUACAGGUAUCUACCCGUGCACCGUGAGAUUUACGGCUACUCACCGAGGCAACUGUAUCCCCAUCAGUACAAACCCGUAGAACGCUUCGUCCCCGCGAAAACAUUCGACGCUGAGAAGGCUUGGACUGACCAUCUGAAGCGUUUGGCGGACAUCGACAGACUCUACCCGAGCAAAUACCCGCUUCUGGCUCGCCACUUAAGUCCGCCGCUCAGUACGAAACGAUUGUUCGACAUUUACGGUAAUCUCGUGGGCGACGACUUCUUGUGGCCGUAUUCGUCCGUCUUUCUCCGUAAGAAGCCGCUUUUCGAUCUCCUGGAGCCGUCACCAAUGGCGCCUAUCAGUGCGUUCACCAGGGACCCGUGGUGGUACCCGAGCUACGCGCCUUACAUACCGAGCUACGCUCAGUACCGUACGCCGUUUUACUUGAGGGACAGCUACCUCAGUCCGAUUAAGCGUAGCUAUCUGUGGAGCCGACAUCCCAUCAGGCCCUUCGGAGAGUUAUACUACUAUUAUUCGAAGCCAGUUCCACGAUUUCACUUUACCAGCCCGUGGUACAAUAAACGUACCACAUAUUAAGCAAAAAAACUCACGUCUACUGAUGACUAUCCGGCGCCGUAUGGAAAGCGCGGAACCAUGAAAAAAACGAUGAAAAAAGGAAAAUAAUGCUCGAGAAAAGAAUCAACAAAAAAUAUAUAGAGAGGAACGUGCACCACGUUCCGAAAGAGUUUUGGCGUCUCUUAUCACAGUGCAUAUCGCCCACGGAGUUUUAUGUAUUAACAUCUCCUGCCACAUGUUUUAUUGUACUAUUCAAUCGUGAUCUGUCUACGAAAUAAAGUAAACACUGCCAAAAUUUUA